AUGACAACCAACAAAACUCAAUGUUUUACAUGUAACAAAGAUAAAAUAACAUAUCUUUGUGAUGGAUGUUUGAAAAACUUUUGUCUAAUGGAUUUAACAAGACAUCGUCAAAUAUUGAAUCAUGAAUUACACCAUAUUAUUAAUGAUUAUGAUCAAUUUAAACAAAUAUUUAAUGAGCAAAAACCCAGUUUGCACGAUCUUUCAUUAAUAGAUCAAAUUAAUCAAUGGGAAUUAGAUUCGAUUGACAAAAUUAAGCAAAAAGCAAAAGAUUCUAGAGAAAUUGUCAUUAAAUCUUCAGAAACAUUUUUGAAUGAUAUUGAAAUGAAAUUUAGUGAUUUAAAUGGACAAAUAAAACAAUUUCAUAAUGAAAAUGAAUUUAAUGAGAUUAAUCUGAAUUAUUUAAGAACUGAAUUACUAAAAAUUAGAGAAGAAUAUAAUAAUCCACCAACGACUUCUAUUCAACUAGAUUUCCAACCAUUUACUAAUGAUAUUCCAAUUAUCUCAUUAGAAAAAAAAUUAAAACUCAACAAAUGGAAACGAAAUGCCAUCACUGUAGCUGGUGGAAAUGGAUAUGGAGAGAAAUUAAAUCAACUCUAUCACCCUGAAGGAAUCUUUAUUGAUAAAAACAAAAAUAUCUUCAUUGCUGAUUAUUAUAAUCAUCGUAUUGUUGAAUGGAAAUAUAAUGGAAAACAAGGACAAAUCAUUGCAGGUGGAAAUGGCAAAGGAAAUCGAAUAAAUCAGUUGAAUUAUCCCACAGAUGUGAUUGUUGAUCAACAAAAUCAUUCCAUCAUGAUCGCUGAUUGGCAAAAUAGACGAAUAGUUCAAUGGGUGAAUCAAAAUCAAUAUAUUCUCAUUGAUAAUAUUGACUGUUUUGGUUUGGCAAUGGAUAAACAUAGAUUUCUCUAUGUUUCUGAUAAUAUGAAGAAUGAAGUGAGACGAUGGAAACUGGGUGAAUACAACAACGAAGGGGUUAUAGUUGCAGGUGGAAAUGGAAAAGGUGAUCAACUUAGUCAACUUAAUUUUCCCGCCUAUAUCUUUAUUGAUGAAGAACAAUCUGUUUAUAUAUCCGAUCAAAACAAUCAUCGUGUGAUGAAAUGGAGAAAAGAUGCAAAAGAAGGAAGAGCUGUGGCUGGAGGAAAUGGUAAAGGAGAAAAGUUGAACCAACUGUCUUCACCUCAAGGAGUAAUUGUUGAUCAUUUUGGUCAAAUCUACGUAGCAGAUUUUUGUAAUCAUCGAAUAAUGCGUUGGCGUGAAGGAAAAGAAGAAGGUGAAAUUGUUGCUGGUGGCAAUGGUAAAGGAAUUCAAUCAAAUCAAUUGGAUCAUCCCAUGGCUUUAUAUUUUGAUCAUGAAAGAAAUCUUUAUGUAGCUGAUUAUAAUAAUCAUCGAAUCGAAAAAUUUGAAAUAGUUUUGUAA